AUGGAAACAGCGGUCCGCGCGGCCGAGACUUGAACCAUCAUAAUUACAGUCGCCGUAAAGAAUGAAACAGCUGCAAAAAUAGUAUUAAACUUGUAUAAACUAUUAAGUCGCUGUUAAUAUAAUAUCAUUCAACAUAUAUGAGAAGAAGAGCACAUUAUUAAGAAACUUCUUUCUAAUUAUAAUUAGGUCGUAUAAUAAUAUCGUAAAUUCGACGAUGAAUUUUCAAUCAACAUUUUUAACAUUAUAUUCAAUUUUUUUGCAUCCUGAAAAAUGUGUAGACAGUGAAUUUAAAAAAAUUUCUUGGAUAAAUGAGUUUCAUGAUGAAAUUAGUUACAAUAAAAAAUUAAUUAAUCUUCUAAAUGAAGUAGAAACAUGGAAAGUAAAAAAUCAAAAUAAUAGCGACACUUUCUAUUUUGACGAAAAAGAAACAAAACUUCUAACAAACAGAUGUAAGGAAGAUCUUAAUUGUUUAAAAGAUAAAUCAAAAGCUAUAGUUAAAUAUAAACAAAAAUUAGAAUCAGUGCAGUGUAUUAAUGCAGCUUUUUCUAUGCUUAUACUUCCUGAUCUAUUCAUUGCAUUAUUGUGGAAAGUACCUGUUAAAAAUAUUUCAAAGGAUGCGUUUCAUUUUUAUCGCCAAUCAAUCGCUCGAAUGAUUUCUUUGAUGUAUAUGUCUUAUGUUCCAACUCACAAUUGGCUAUGGUCAAUCUAUUCUAUUUUGUUAGACAUUGAAUAUCAACAAAAAUCAAAAAUGCCAAUAAACGUAGAUCAAUUUAUGAUAAUGAAACUCAAGGAUGAUUUAUCGCAACAUUUGAAUCUUUGCAUAACUUACAAGUAUUUGACAGAAGUUGAUAAACCGCGGGCGACGGAAAAGAUUAGGUAUGAAGAAAAUAUUAAGAAACUUUGUUAUGCACUUUAUAAUAAUAAAGACAAAUAUUCAUACCUUAAUUCAGUUUAUUCAUUUUCGAAAAAAUUGGAAUUUAAGUAUUUGGCAAUUUUAAAUAUUAUUAAACUUGGGAGAAUGAUGUUUGAUUUUGUUCCUUUAUUAUCUUUAAAUUGGGAGAAUACCAAAUUGUUAAUGGGAAUCGAGGAAAUUAAAAAUAAUUUAAAUAGGUAUUUUUAUAUAAUUAUACAAAUAGUUAACACAAAUGUAUUGUAUCUUAUAUGGAAGCAUCUAGCGGUUUUAGAAGUCAGCUUAAGUCAUAUAUUAACUGAUACAUUUGGAAAUGAAGAAGUCAAAGACAACUUUGAAUUCUAUCGCAAUACUUUGGAAAAAUCACUAGAAUUAGUAGUACAACAACUUGACAUCAAAGAUUCUGUUAUUAUCAGUAUCUUACAAGGGUUAAAAUUUAGAAUAAGUGGUGAUAACUUAUGCAACAAAGUAGUAAAUAAUCUAAAAUUAUUAUUAGACCAAAUAAAGACUGUAAUAUCAGAAGACCUUCUCAUUUUAAACAUUAAUUCUAACGAAAUAAAAGAACUAUUUUCAACUACUAAAUUAACUCCAGAUAUUCAUUAUAAUACAACUAUUGAUGAAUUUAAACAUUAUACUAAUCAAAUUGAAAAUUUCGCAAACAGUAUCGAUCAAAUUCUACAACCAGCCAACUUUAAUUUCAUAAGGUUCUUUUUUGAUGGAAAAUUAAAUUUAACAAAAACUUUUUUUAUGAUAACAUAAUAUAAAUAUCUUUAUCUACCUAUAAAUUUUAAUUUAAUUUUGAAAAAUUAAAUUCAGUGUAUGUUUAAAAAGAAACUUUCUUGUAUUAAAAAAAAAUUUUUCCAUUGGAAUAAUUCCCAAAUAGUCACUCGUUUAAGAAACAAAAGUUACAUGCGUUAGACUUUUAGUCAGCGUCGUACACUCGGUCCUCCUAUACAGGUCCCCGGUUUGAGCGGAUACUCUCGAGUAUUCGUCCAAAAACCAUGAAGCCCUGCUCAGGGUGCAGAGGCGGGCGGCGAUUCGGACCGUUUUGGCGUACCAAACGGUGUCCGGAGUGGCGAUGGGUGUCCUGUCGUCACUGCCGCCUGCCGACCUGCUCGCCGAGAAAUGCACGCCGGGCAUGAGUUCCGCCGAGAACGCGAGGAUCGGCUGGCGCUCAGGAGAAUGACCACGCUCCGGUGGCGUACUCACCUCUCGGAGGAAACGACGAGAGGCAAGUGGACCAGGUCCCUCAUAGGACCCGAUCGGUUAGACCGAACUCACGGCGAAAAGACUUAUCGUCUCACCCAAGUGAUGUCCGGCCGCGGCUGCUUUAACGUGUACUUACACCAUAUUUGCAAAGCAGCCGCGCUGACGUGCGUCCACUGUUCGGAUCAUCCGGGAGGGGCAGACAGUGCUCUGCACAAGCUCUUCCGGUGCAAGGAGUGGGACUCUUUGGAGUCUUGACCAUGUUCCGAGUCGUGUCCAUUGUGGUCCCGAUGUUGAAGAACCGGGGGAAUCCACACCACGUUGUGAACCAGCUCUUCAUUAGUUUCGGGCUGAUUCACAACGUGGUGGUGUGAAUUAUAGAGACAGCGUGGGCCGCCCUAAAGUAAUGCCUAACGGCAGUUUAAUAAUGCUGAUCGUUAAUAGUUAAUAGUACUCACAUACAAUGUGUCGACCGGCCGUCGAAUUGUAAAAAUGUCAUGUUUAAUGUUUAAUGUCAAUGAUUUUAUAGAAACAUAAGUAAAAUUGUUAUUACAUUAGAUGAUUCUUUAAUCGCAUUGUAAUAUAUUUAAUAGAUUUGAAAUUAAAAUAAA